CAGGAGCCGGAGCGCCGGAGGUCUCAUCUCCAGCAGAUGGCUGUAUCCCAGCACCAUCAUAGCUGUGUCUUGGACAAGUUCUCUCCUAUGUACCACCUAGCGGGAGUAAAGCACACCCUGUACCACCCACGGCUGCCUACCCUGCGCAGGAUGGAGAUGGACAGCAUGGCCCACAAGCUAAGUGAUGAGCACUCAAGGAGCAGCACGUCCUGCGACCACAGAACCUUCCGGAACGCCAGGAGCACCAUGUAUGAUGCAGAGAAGCAUCUUCUACCAUCUCUGGAAAUCACAGACACAGGGAGGCGGCUGACGCAGCAACAUGCAAACUAUAACAUGGCGGCACAACUCCCGGGACAGCGCGAAGAGAAAGACACAACCGGUAUGAAAAACGGAAAACACGGCCCCAGAAGUGCCACAGCCUCCGGGGAUCUUGGACUGGCAGAUCUAAGGAGAAUGGAUUUGGGGUUUAGUGGCUAUGCUGUGCGGUUCCUGUCCCCUAAUGUCACUCAUUCCUGGAGGUUCUGCCUAGAGCACAACCCGGGUCUGGAUGAAUAUGGACAAAAGCCAGUUCCUGUGGAGACCAUGAACACUUUUCGCACAUUCGGCCGUUCAUACAGAUGAGACCAGCAGCCCCCGACGUCCACGUUCCCUGGAAGGAAGCACACGGAGGAUUUACAUCUAUAUCCGGAAGCAGCAGCACCGAUCCAAUUAUCUACACGCAUCACAUGUUGGGUGCCAUGUUGUGCUACAUGUAUGUCCCCACUUUUGUGGCAGGUCGAUGGUGGAGCGGUAAGAAUCCAUAGACCUCUCUGCAUAUCCCAAAGGACAGCACUGUGCUGCACAUGACUGAGCACCAAGAUGGCAGACAUACAGAGGGGGCAAUGGGUUAA